AUGUCGGGAAACGAUGCUCAAAGUCUUUUGCGCCCUUCCGCUUCCAACAUCAUUUUCGACAGUGAAAAGGACCGCGAUUUAAACUAUGCCGGCAGGGACUCGAUUUCUUCAGUGGAGGACGAGAAACAUGAUGCCGAUGAGUACUCGAAGCUGCAAACACCCGGCCAUGAACUAUCGACAUCGAGAGAGGAACAACCAGCAGCGGCGACGUGGCUACUUAUUUGUCGGAGAAUCCUGUUAGGGGUUGGAUGGGUAUUGGUAUGGGCAUUUCUAGUCUUCUUACUGACAUUCAUCAUGGCAUUCAUCAUGGCAGCGUGGAAGCUAUCAAGCUCUAUACCACUGGAUAAACUGGUGAACACCACUGAGCUCAAUUUGCAAACCGGUUUCAAGGUCGAGUCUGGGAAGCAGAGGCUGAGGGAAUAUGAGUUUGAUGUCACUCGCAGGCGGGGGGCUCCGUCAGGGGUGUGGAAGAAGAUGGUGCUCGUCAAUGGGCAAAGUCCAGGGCCGCUUAUCGAGGUCAACACGGGUGAUAUUGUGAGAGUCAAGGUCAACAAUCUCAUUUGGGACGAAAGCACGACCAUACACUGGCAUGGGAUCCAUCAACGAAACACCACUUGGAUGGAUGGCGUGGCAGGGAUAUCUCAGUGUGCGAUACCACCCGGCAAGAGCUUCACAUACGAGUUUGAGAUCAUCGACCAGCGAGGCACGUUCUGGUAUCACGCUCAUUCCAAAGUUCAAUACACCGACGGCCUCUACGGACCGAUCGUAGUCCACGACCCAGACGAGAGACUGCCCCCUGACGUCGACAUCGCGGCAGAAAGAAUAGUCUUCAUGGGAGGCAGCUUCCACGCCUACGGGGAGGACCUGUUGGAAAGCUACCUCCAGCCCUCCUCAGCAUGGUCCCCGUCAAUGCCAGGCGUCGAACCCCUUCCCGACGUCAUCCUCAUCAACGGCCUCGCCGCCUUCACAAACUGCAACCUCACCUCGUCAACCUGGCUAUCAUUCAUGCCCCCGAUCUGUGAACCCUCCAGCAGGCAGUUCGCCACCCCCAUGCCCAACACCACCACCCGCCUCCGCUUAAUCAACCACUCCUCCUUCAUAUCCCUCUACUUCACAAUUGACUCCCACCCUUACCUGACCAUCAUCGAGAUCGACGGGGUAGAAGUCGAGCCGAUCACCGUUCCAGGAAUUCAUCUCAACAUCGGCCAGCGGUACUCCGUCCUCGUCUCCCCAAUUCACUCCACCACCACCGGAUCUUUCGUCAUGAGAGCCACCAUACCAAAAUCGUGUUUCCUCCCUUAUGUCCCAUACACGAGCGAAAUACUCGAAAGCGUCAACCACCAAGGCACAGCCCUCUUAUCCUACUCCCCAAACCCCAACUCAUCCCUCCCCCAAAACAUAAAGCCGGUGGUGGACAUCCCACAGAACUGCACCAACCUCCCAUUCAACCUCCCCGUCCCAAUCCGCAAAAUGGCCGCCUUCCCACCAGACACGGCACACCCCUCGAAAAACACCCACGAGAUCAACUUUCAGUUUCAGCAAGCCGGGCCAGUGAAUAGGAUCUUUAUCAACAGGACCUCCUACUCCCCCCUCCCCCACAGCGCCCAACUCUGGCUAUCCCUCCCCCAGACCCUUGACUCCGACUCCGACCCCGGCAGCUACAACAACUACAACUUCCCCCUCAACCAACAAGUCCUCCUCCUCCCCGACCCAAACAAGACAGUCCAGAUAGCAAUCAACAGCCGCGACAUAAUGGAGCACCCUUUCCAUCUCCACGGGCACACCUUCCAAAUCGUAGCCUGGGGCCCAGGCGAGUUCUCCGGUGGCACAAACCCCAACACAACAUGGAACCUCCCCAACCCCAUGCGCCGCGACACCCUCACCAUCCCAGGCCUCUCCCACGUCGUGAUCCGCUUCCUGGCCGACAACCCCGGUAUCUGGGCUCUUCACUGCCACGUAGCUUGGCACAUGGAAGCAGGCAUGCUCCUCACCUUCCUCGAACGCCCCGACGACCUAAAGCACCUCGUCCACGACAUGAACCCAUCCACCAAACAACUCUCCAGAAGCUUUUGCUCCGAUUACAGGUAG